AUGAUUUAUACACCUAAGUUCCAACUCGAGGGUGACCAACGACCUUUGCAGAUCCUCGAGCUAAGCCCUGAUAAGCUGAACAAUACCCCCAAGGCCGAGAUUGACGUGUUGUUUUUCAAUCGGGUGCCAAAGACCGGAAGUAUGCAGCUGAUUGAGCUUAUGAGGCAACUGGGGAAGGUCCAUGAUUACGAGGUGGAAAAGGAUCCCCAAAACGGAGGCGUCAUUCCCCUCCUUGAGACCGCCGAGCAGAGUGACAUGAUCGAUAAUAUUGUUAACCUCGAGGACGGCACCGUGUUCGCCAGCCACGUGAAUUUCCUAAACUUCACCAAGCACGAGCAGCCCAGACCCAUUUACGUCAACAUGGUUCGGGAUCCCGUGGAGAGGGUUAUCAGCUGGUACUACUACAUCCGAGCUCCGUGGGUCUUUGUUCCCGGAAGAAGGCGCAACAAUCGCGAAAUGCCCAACCCCAAAUGGGUUAACACCGAAUUCGAGCAGUGCGUCACCAGUGGCGAAAAGGUGUGCACCUACAUCGAGAAUUCUCUACUGGAACAUGUGGGCGAUCAUCGGCGACAAACCUUGUUCUUCUGCGGCCACAAUGAGUUCCAGUGCACACCUUUCAAUGCCCGUCUGCCCCUGCAAUUGGCCAAAAUGAAUGUGGAACGGGAGUACUCAGUGGUGGGAACUUGGGAGCACACGAACGAAACCCUUGCCGUAUUAGAGGCUUACGUGCCGCGCUAUUUCGCAGAUGCCUCCAAAAUGUAUUACUCCGGCUUACAUUCAGAUAAGCAAAAUGUUAACCCAAUGAAGCCGCAUAUUCCGAAGGAUAUUUUAGACAUGGUUCGUCGGAAUUUCACUCGUGAAAUUGAAUUUUAUCAGUUUUGUCGCCAGCGGUUGCACAAACAGUACUUGGCCCUCAAGCUGAACGAUCUCAAGCGAGUGGACAAGUCGUUGGCCAGGUUAAGCGAGGCCAAGGAAAUGGCCAUCAACAACUAG